UAUGAAGUCGUGAGAAAAUGAAAAGAACGAGGAGCGGCGUACAGCGCUUCAUCUGAUUCAAGGGGGUUCUGUGAGUGAAUUUCUCUUCACAUUAUGUAAAUAAAUACAUGCUGUCAAUAUUUUCUCCGUCUGAAGCACUGGACCUGCGCUGUCGACUGCUCCAUCAAAACAUCGACUGUCACUCUGCUACAUUCUCCGUCUCGCUCAACGCUAGCUAGGUGGCAGCAGUACUGUAACACAUCAGUUGGAAGAAGGAACCUCGCGUUUCUGAUUUUUACGCCCCUAGUAACACACCGAGGCACAAUUCGCCUUGAGGUUGCAGUCUGAUGGAAGAGCGGUUGUCUAGUUUUGGGAAGAGGCACCAUGUUUCCGUGUCAUGUAACUGCUUGGCACUCUGCUGAGUCUUCGGCGUCCUGCGGCAGUCAUGCACCCUCAGUGCAACAACCUCUCCCUGAUCUGCUGUGCAGCUGUCCUGCUCCACCUUUAAACACCCACUCUGAGACACCGUCCCCAGACCCCAUGGAGUCCCUCAUUGUGGUCACGGAGUACGAACCAAGUCAACCACCUGAAGAGGCCGGCGAGGAAGAGGUUGAAGAGAUGGACAGCUCUGAGACACCGGAGCCAGCGUCCUCAGCAGGACCACCUUUCCGGACUCCAUCCUGUGACCUGCUGUCCCAUACAGUUGGUCGGCCCGAGGUUCUGCUGCCUGAAAGCCAAGAGCAAAGGGGCAGAUUAAGUUUGUCUGACCGGAAACUCUCUCUGCAGGAGCGCUCGCACACUGCCACCUCACCCUGCAGCUCACCUGGACUGAACGGGCGCUAUAUUUACCCGUCAUUACCUUACUCUCCCAUCACAUCGCCCCACUCCUCUCCACGCCUGCCCCGCCGACCCACUGUGGAGUCCCACAGUGUCUCCAUCACAGAUCUCCAGGACUGUGUUCAGCUCAACCAGUACAAACUGAAGGAUGAGAUUGGAAAGGGCUCUUAUGGUGUUGUCAAGCUAGCUUACAACGAGGAUGACAACACAUACUAUGCGAUGAAGCUGUUGUCCAAGAAGAGGCUGUUGAGGCAGGCAGGUUUUCCGCGGAGACCGCCGCCUCGUGGAACUAGAGCAGUCCCUGAGGGUCCCGCUCAGCAUAAAGGGCCACUGGAACGAGUUUAUCAAGAGAUAGCCAUUCUAAAAAAACUGGACCAUCCUAAUGUAGUUAAACUAGUAGAGGUUUUGGAUGACCCCAGUGAGGACCAUCUGUACAUGGUGUUUGAGCUGGUGAAGCAAGGGGCUGUGAUGGAGGUGCCAACUGAUAAACCCUUCAGUGAGGACCAGGCCCGUUUUUACUUCAGGGAUCUGCUGAGAGGAAUCGAGUACUUGCAUUACCAGAGGAUCAUCCACAGAGAUGUCAAACCCUCUAACCUAUUGGUGGGAGAAGAUGGACACAUCAAGAUUGCUGACUUUGGAGUUAGUAACCAGUUUGAAGGUGCUGAUGCCCUGCUAACCAGCACGGUGGGAACACCUGCUUUCCUUGCGCCUGAAACACUUUCUGAGACCAGAAAAAAUUUCUCUGGGAAGGCGUUGGAUGUCUGGGCGAUGGGAGUGACGCUUUACUGCUUCGUCUUUGGCGUGUGUCCUUUCAUGGAUGAGCGCAUUCUUAGUCUACAUCAAAAAAUCAAGACCCAACCUGUGGUGAUACCAGAACGUGCAGACAUAUCAGACGACCUCAAAGAUUUGUUGUUGAAAAUGCUGGACAAGAAUCCAGAGACCAGGAUAUCAGUGACAAAGAUAAAGGCACAUCCGUGGGUGACACAACACGGCGCUGAGCCUCUUCCUCCUGAGGAUGACAACUGUUGUUCACUGAUUGAGGUCACAGAGGAGGAAGUGGAGAACUCUGUUAAGCACAUCCCAAGCCUGGCUACAGUGAUACUGGUCAGAACCAUGUUAAGGAAUCGCUCCUUUGGGAAUCCCUUUGACCUGACCCGGAAGGAGGAUCGCAGCAGUUUGGUUGCUCCAGGACAUACAUUUACGAAGCAAGAGAGCGCUGAUGGUGUGAGAAGCAUGGACCUGCCCUUCGUAGGAGAAGACGAGGCUCUUUCCUGAUACAAACGGCUUCAUAUGCAUACUGAUAUCUUCCUGCCUGUAACUGCACAACACGACACCCCUUUACUCUUUUAAACUGGUUGUCAACACUUGUGGACAAUAACUUUUAGGUUGGAUGGGAAGAAUAAAAAAAAAGGGAAAAACUCAUGAUCUAAAGCACUUUGGUGACGAUUUUGUGACUAUGACUAUCUUUUUUCUUCUUGUACAGCAUACUUUGGGAUUAUUGGGUUUGUGACUGUCAUGUGUGAACCUUCCAGUGGGUUAACCCCCAUAAACCUUGAAAUGUCACUCCCUUUUCCUAAACCUACACAUCCCGUCCUCCUGUCCUGCAUGCAGUUAUAGUCACAGCAUGCCUCGUCUCAGGCUUCAACGGUCCAGUUUCAGGUUUUCAACAUAGUUUAACUUCUAGUUUCCCUCCUUGUUUUUGCUUGACAAGACCUUCAGGUGUGCUAGGCUGAUAAGAAAGGGUAUGGUUAUGUUCACCAUCGCAACUGACCUUCUCUUUGACAGAGAACACCUCCUGACAAAGAUUGUCUAAGUUCAGACUGUGUUAGAGUAGCGGUGCCCAGUUUUGUUAUGUAUUGACUGUACAAUUUACCAAAAAAGGACAAAGGGAAGUGAAAACAUGUUUACUUCAUCGAAUGCAUGCAUUUAUUUUACAAGAUAUUUAUCUUAAUUCCCACACUUUACGUUUGACAUGUACUGCAAUUAAUAGAAAGUUUUAAACUAUUUAAAAUGGUUAAUAUAGUGCUGUGUGAACAAUCACAUUUGUCUUUACUGCAUAUGGACAGCAUAGGAGGAAAAAAAAAGAGCCUUUAUAUCGGGUAAAACUCAUACUUUCAGUGAAGUUUGUUUUUAGAUGUUUACACUCGAAUUUACAGCUCAGAGAGCCGCAGCAAGCUGAAUAUUAAAGUCCGCCUGUAAUGCACGUGAGAACAGAAGAAUGUGUUGGUGCAAAGUUGUUGUUUCCUUAAAUAUUUUAAACAAGCAUAGUGUUUUAUUGUGCUACAGAGGCAGUUUUACACAUUCCUGCUGCAUUGUUUUAUGAUUUACUUGAUGACAACAGAACCUCAAAUCAAAAAUCAAA